AUGCACAUGAAAUCGUGUCCGCAUCUUCGCACCACACGCACACGCGCCCAUUGCCACUCCGAAUCGUAUCAAACAAACGAGGAUGAAGCACCAUUUUCUGGAUAUGGAGAUGAAUCAUUAGAUCUGGGUCUUGAGUCCCCCAAUCCACAACAAAGAAGGUCUCGGCGACUUGCUAAUAGGAAACCUAUGCAAAAUAUGGAGCCCAUACCAAUUGCACCACCACCUGCUGCCCCACACAAUCCUCAGCCAGUACCUCGAUGUGUGAUACUUCAUGUUCUGGACCGUUAUGACACUCCUAUGGACACUUUUAGAGUGUGGAGACACUAUCCUCGACGUCCUACCCGUGAUCCUGAUUUCUGUAUUCGACCAUCCGAUCUCGCCAAACAGCCACCAAUUAUGCCCCUGCUACAGACCGUUCAGGACACAUUUCACUCAUAUAUGGAAGGUCUAGCACCUACAGUCCGUCGGUUAAUGACCUGGGCAAAUAACGGUCAAACAACCAAGUCUCAUGAGCAAAUAAAUGAACUGGUUCAUGAUGUCUUGCUGGCAGACGAUUUUAAUCCAAAAGACCUCAUUGACUUUGAGGCCCGAAACCAGAAUGCAAAGUUGGACCAGGCCAUAGCAGGUUCCGCCUUGCGAAGUCAAUUUACAGAAAGCUCUGUCGACAUUUUGGUUCCAUCGGGCACAGUUAGCAGGCCGCCGGUGUCAUACACAAUUCCUGGUCUACUUCAUCGGUCUAUCACAUUUAUUAUUUCGGAAUUCUUUACUGGCCCCCUUGGACAUCUUGUCCACUACUCUCCUUUUGUUUUAAAGCAGCAGUCCGCCUCGAAUCGUGAAGAACGGUUGUUUUCAGAGGUUUAUAACUCUGAUGCAUUUCUUGAGAAACAUGGGCUCCUGCCACCGGGUCAGGAAGACUGCCAACUGGAGAGGGUUGUUGCCGCUGUUAUGCCGCUAUCAGAUGCAACACAUUUUACAAAUUUUGGAAACGCAAAAGCAUGGCCUAUCUACCUGAUGCUCGGAAACAUUAGCAAAUAUGUUCGGGCCGUUCCUGGGUCAGGAGCAUUGCAGCACCUUGCAUAUAUCCCUUCACUUCCAGAUUCAUUCAAGGACUUUGCCGCUGAGCAUAACACCAAAUGGAAAACCCAAAAAAGCCAAAUUCUCACUCACAGUCGCCGUGAGCUUAUGCAUAGUAUCUGGUGUCACCUCCUCGAUGACGAAUUUGUUUAUGCAUAUAAAUAUGGCAUGGUUAUCCGCUGCAUUGAUGGCAUCAUGCGACGCAUAUAUCCACGCAUUUUUACAUAUUCAGCAGACUAUCCUGAAAAAGUGCUUUUAGCAACUAUUAGAGACAAAGGAAUGUUUCCUUGUCCUCGUUGCAUGGUACACCGGUCAAAACUUGAUUUAAUGGGUCUCUAUCGAGAUCUUCAAACUCGAGUCAAGCAGCUGCGAACAUUUAUGGUAGAAAAGGUCAAAGCUGCUCGUGAUCUUAUAUAUCGACAGGGAUACGGAAUAAAGAGUCAGCAGGUUGAAGAUCGGCUUCAGGAAUUUUCGGGUGUACCAACCCAGAAUGCAUUUGUUGAGAGGCUCAAUCUAGAUCCGUCACCAAUGCUAGCACCUGACAUUCUUCACGAAUUUGAACUCGGAGUCUGGAAGUCAUUGUUUACGCACCUUAUACGUAUUUUGUAUGCUGCCUCAAAGGGGUCCGAUGAUCUAGUCAGUGAGCUGGACAAAAGAUAUCGUCUGCUCUCAACAUUUGGUCAAGGUACCAUACGAAACUUUUCAAACAAUUCGUCAGAAAUGAAGAAACUUGCCGGGCGUGAUUUUGAGGAUCUUCUCCAGUGCGCUGUUCCAGUCUUUGAAGGGCUACUUCCAGAAGCAGAUGACUAUCGCCUCAGAAAACUUCUCUAUCGAACAGCUGAGUGGCAUGGCUUGGCAAAGAUGCGCAUUCAUACAGAAGGCACUUUAACAGAAUUGGAAAAAGUUACCACAGAGUUGGGAAAACUGAUGCGAGGCUUUCGUGACCUUACCUGCAGCCAUUAUGACACUCAUGAACUGCCGCGAGAGAUUGAAGCACGUACUAGGCGUGAAGGAAGAAAAUCAGCCCAUGCUUCUACCGCAGCAGUACUACCAAGCUCAUCUGAGGUAUCAAUACCUACCAUAGUGCCCAAGCCAACUCGUAAACCCAUCAAAUUGAACCUUUUUACUAUCAAGUGGCACUUCUUAGGCGAUUACGUGGAAUAUAUUCGUCGCUUUGGUACAACUGACUCAUAUUCAACACAAUUAGGAGAACUGGCUCAUCGUCUCAUCAAGUCUUUCUACCGCCUGACCAACAAAAAGGAUGCAAACAAGCAAAUUUCAAAGAAGUAUAACCGUAUGAAUGCUUUACAAUUGGUUGAUGCUAGUCAGAUCAAAUCUGAGAAGAAUGAAGCUGACGCAGCUGCUCAAGACAACAAAACUCACUACAUCUCUAAAUCCCAGAAUCAACGUGUCCCAAUUUUUUCAUUUAUUGCGGACAAAGAUCCUGCUAAAGUGAACUUCCUACCAAAACUGCAAAAUCAUUUGCUAGCCCGCCUGUUAGGACAGAAAUUCGAUGGCGACACUGAUGAAAUGUUUACAAAUGAAGAUCGGUAUACAGUGCGUAUCGUCAACAAUACUAUGUAUCGUGUCAACACACUGCGCGUCAACUUUACUACAUACGACAUGCAACGCUCAUACGACACAGUCUCACGGAACCAACCAUUUAUAAUGCUUCACUCACCCGAGACGGAGCCUGGUACUCAUCCAUUCUGGUAUGCCUCAGUAAUGGGAGUGUUUCACGCCCAGGUCCAGCAUAUUGGCCCAUUAUCAACUGAUCUUGCCCCCCAACGGAUGGAGUUUUUGUGGGUUCGCUGGCUGGGCAUAGAGCCAGGUUACAAGUUUGGCCGCAAACAGGCCAAAUUGCCCAAAGUUGGAUUUGUGCCAGAUUGUGACGAAAUGGCGUAUGGAUUUUUGGACCCGUCUCUUGUUAUUCGGGGCUGUCACCUUUUGCCAUCCUUUGUUGAUGGUCGAACAAACAAUUUGCUUACCAUCACCACUCCAACAGAAGCACGAUGCAUUGGCGAAACUGAUGAUUGGUGCAACUACUAUAUCGGAAUUUUUGUUGACCGUGACAUGCUUUCUCGUCAUUUCGGGACUGGAGUUGGACACACAAACCGCACCGGUGCUGCUGAUAUUGACGACCAUGACAAUGAUGACGAUGAUGAGACAAUGGAAGAUUGCUCUGGGAUGGGAGAAUUUGAUAGCAUGGUUGAAGUGGACACCAAUUCAAGUGACGAGUCGGAGAGUGGGGGUGAAAAUUCGGAAUCAGAUACUGAUCUGAGUGAAGGAGAUAACGGAUACGAUGACCUGUAG